UAUUUCUAUUCUUUUGUAGCAUGCAGUAGGUAACAAUGUCUUCCUCUCCAUCUGCAUCUGAGGAUGAAGCAAUGUCUUCCUCUGGAUCGGAAUCUGAGGAUGAAGCCAUGGAUGCUGGUGAUGUCUAUUUGCCAGGAAAACCAAUUGAGGAGAACGAGGAACUGGUUUAUGACAGUACUGCUUAUCACCUAUACCACGCUGCUCAGACGGAGGCACCGUGCCUGAGUUUUGAUUUUGUCAAGGAUGCUCUUGGGGACGCUCGUUCCGAAUAUCCCAUGACUGCGUUCGUCGUGGCCGGUACUCAAGCAGAAGCAUCCAAACAGAACCAUUUGAUGCUGAUGAAACUGCAUGGCAUGGAACGAACCAAGCAGGCUAGUGAAGAUGACGACGAUGAGGAUGAUGAUGAGGACAGCGAUGAUGAGAGUACAGCAGAGAUGUGCAUGGCGCGUGUAAAACACACCGGACCUGUGAACCGUGUGCGCUGUGCGUGCGUGGAGAACCGACAAGUUGUGGCGACGUUUGCCGAAACCGGCCACGUUCACCUGUGGGACACGACAUCCAUGCUACAGCGUGUGGACAAUCCAAUCGCAUCCGGUGGCUCCAAGAAGAAGAAAGCCAAUGUCCACGACCUGCCUGGCACUCCAUUGUUCACCUUCCGUCAUCAACGUGAAGGUUUUGCGCUCGAUUGGUCUCCUGUUGUCGGCGGACGACUUGCAUCCGGAGAUUGCCACCAUCACAUUCACAUCUGGGAACCCGAUGAGGCUGGCAAAUGGAAUGUAAAUCAGCAUGCUCUCGCCAGCCACAAGUCAUCCGUCGAAGACUUGCAGUGGAGUCCUGACCAGGCACAUGUCCUGGCAUCGUGCAGUUCCGAUCAGAGCGUUCGUGUAUGGGAUGUGCGAGCCAAACCAAGCAAAGCAUGCAUGAUCACAGUGGAGAACGCACACUCGGCGGACGUUAACGUGCUGUCUUGGAACCGCAAGGCGCCGUUCUUUGUGACGGGUGGUGACGACGGGGUGCUACGUACCUGGGAUCUCCGGCAGCUAAGCGACGGGCAGCCGAUAGCAGAAUUCAAGCAUCACACGGCUGCCAUCACAUCUGUGGAAUGGCUGCCAUCCGAGAGCAGUGUGUUUGCGUCCAGUGGUGCGGACGAUCAGCUAGUCCAGUGGGACUUGUCCCUGGAGACCGAUAAGGAAGCAGGCAAGCCCAUGGCUGGUGGUGAUGAGGUUCCCCCUGCAUUGCUCUUCAUUCAUCAAGGCCAAAAGGACAUAAAGGAAUUACAUUGGCAUCCCCAGAUCCCAGGCCUGAUGGUCUCAACAGCACUCAGUGGUUUCAACGUCUUCAAAACAAUCAGUGUUUAGCACCAGUAACUCUCUUUUUUAACACCAUGCUGGCACUGGAAUAGAAAACAUUAAAUUUUGGUCUCAUGAAAGCUUCCAAAUUAAAAAAAAAAAAAAGGAAUGAAAGUUAUAUGGAACGAACAAUCAUGCAAUUUCA